AGCCGCCGCCUCCAGCUUAGAUGAUCCCUCCACACUGACGAGCCGAAGAGAAACGAGUGCCAGAUGCGCUCGCCAUGGGCAAGGCCGGUCGCGCUGAACCUGAGCAGGCCUUCCCCAACGCUGCGCCGGCGGCCAGGUUCAGCCGCUGCCGUUGUGGGGCAGUCGCCGGCAAGGUGGUCAGUGCAACGUGCGUCUCUGUGCUCCUCCUGGCCGUCGGCGGCUUCCUCUCGGCCUUCUUCAUGCUGCUUCAUCUCCGGGCAUCAGGAGGAGGGGUCCCUGAUGACCCUGACAUACUCGCAGAAAUCGAGGCAGGCUUCAUUUUGUUAGUGCCAGAGUCACAGAUAGCUUCACAAGGCGGGACGCUUGAAAAGGAGAUAUAUAACCAAAUAGGCGUGCCCAAUAGUAAGGUUUCAGUUUCCAUGCGUCCAUACAAUUAUACGAAUACCACUUAUGUGAAAUUUGGUGUUCUUCCAGACCCAAGAAAUACCUCCAUGAGCAUAAAAUCCAUCAAGGCACUAAGAACAUCUUUGAUAAGACUUACACUUCAGCAGCUGAAUUUAUCUCUGACGCCAUCUACUUUCGGAGACCCACUUUGCUUAGAGAUCCUGGGAUUCCCAGGAGGGAUUACAGUGUUGCUUCCACAUAAUGCUUCCCGUGCAGACUCAAUUCAGCCUAUUUUCAGCAUCACAUUUGACUUGACAAUUCGUGAAGUAAGAGAAUUUCUUGAGGAGAUGAAGAGUGAGCUUGCAUUAAUAUUGCAGCAGACACCAGAUGAGGAAUUAUUUGUCAAGUUAACAAAUACGAAUGGCUCAACGGUUGCAACACCAGUUACAGUCCAAGUUUCCAUUUCCCUGAUAGAUCGCAGCAAUUUUCUACAGCCUUACAGGCUGAAACAGCUAGCCCAAAUCAUCACAGAAUGGAGUUCAAGGAACCUUGGUCUAAAUACCUCAAUUUUUGGCAGAAUUAGAGAUCUGAAGUUGUCUCCAAUCCUGGAAGCUUUCCUUCCAUCCUGUGCUCCUAGCAUGCCUCCAACACCAACACCAUCCCUAUUCUGGCCUCCAAUAUCAGAGCACCCAAAAACCAAUACAUACCGGGAUUUUUCAUGCCCUGCUUUGGUGAAAAGACAAAACGAAGCCACUCCGCAUCGCAGGUUAAUGGGUGUAUCUUCCAUGGUGAUUUCUCCACAAUUGUCAACAUGGCUUCACAGGAAAUAUGCAUCUGAAGGCAAGAAAAACAGCAUUGCAGUGGUAGAACCAACAUUCAUUGCGCCAGUACCGGAACCAAAGAAAUGAAUGGUCUCUAGUACUUCAACAGUUGAGUAAGUUUCCAAAGCUCUGGUGUGUUCAUGCAGUUUAUACCACAGCAUGAUCCUUCAAUGCCGUUUUCUGGUUACACCAAGGUGGGUAUGAAGUAGUUGUACCUAGGCUAACGUUGUAAGGAAUUUCAGUCAAGUGUAAAUAGAAAAUGGGAAGUUAUUUACCAGAAAGCUGGAUAACUCCCAGGCUCCAGGUAUAAUAGUGGGGCAACAACAAUUAAAUGGCUGCCCAUCUGUCAGUUAAAAUAACUUUACCCAUUGCCCCCAGCA